AUGUGGAGCAGCAGUGAAGAUGGCGGAGCCUUUGCGGAGUGCUUCUUUGCGCAGUACCCGCUAGGUAUGGGACAAAAGCCACCACCGCCAGUUGUGAGGCAGCGGCUUGCAAGUGAACGGGAAGCGCGGGCGUCUGACACAGCUGCUAUGCCCUCGCAGCGGGUCCCCCCAUUCAUUUCAUCCACUGCUGCGUCGGACACCGGGACCCUCGUUGUCGCCUCGUCGGAUGGCGCUUCCACCUUUGCUGUGAGCGGGGGUGUGGAUCCAUAUUGUGAGGUGGAGGAACUGGCAGAAACAACGGAAAAAACUAGAGAGGCGUUGGAGGGGGUGCUGCGUAUUCGGCAGAUGCAGAAGGAAGACAUCAGUGGUCGGAAGAUCCGGCAGACGCAGCAGACGAAGCCGGUGCUGGAAAUUGUGCUGCCAGGGGAGGUUGGCGCCGCUGGGAUGCAUGACCCGGCACCCAUUGUGCGGUCACCCACACGCACCAAGAAGGGCCCAAGCAACCUUGGCGAAGGGGGAGCCUCCGCCUCCUCCACCGCCGACGGUGCGGUUACCGUGCCGUUUAGUAUCGGGAACUGGAAAAACAAGCGAAAAUUGAUUAUCCCGCUGGAGCAGCGCCUGGCGCAACAGGCCGACAUGCAGGCGGAUAGUGGUGGUGGGAUAAGCGAGCAGGUCAUGAGUCUCGCCAUGGCGAUGCAGCAGGCACGAAAAGAGGUGGAGGCGGAGCAGGCCGCUCGUGAGAAAGCCCAUCAGGAGGAGGAAGAGCGCCGGCAGGCAGAAAGAGAGGCGGAGGCCACGCGGCGCGCCAGAGAAUUGCUGGAAAAGGCCGCAUUGGACAUGGUGCAUUCCUCAACCCAAAGAAAGAAGGAGACUCGCGAAGAACGUUUGGAUCGAAUUCGGCUGGAGCGCGAGCUUCGAGAGCGGGAGAAGCAACAAGAGGUGCGACAGCGCCGGUUAGCAAAGGCGGCUGCCAGACUGGGAAUCACUGUAGAGGCACUAGAAGCGGAUGAAGACCUCCUGAAGACGGUGGAUGAGGCAGCGGCUGGGGGUCAUGGUGUCGGCGUCACCGAUUAUACGUCUUCCCAUUUCAGUUGCCCCCAUGGAAGUGCGGCAAUGGCUGCGCCGGCAUCCUCGUACCUGGGCGUGAAACAGGAAGGCUCCUCGAUGGACCAACAAGUGCCCUCGUUGUAUGCGGACGACGACGAAACCGGCGCGCGCCCGGCUGGUGGAAUACGCAAAGGAGUUUUUGGUUCCGCGGUCAUCAGUAACGAGGGCAUCCGUCGUGAGAUGGAGGCACUGGUGCAGAGCGAAGAGCUGGGAGUCGUCAAGGAUGGCCUUCAACUUGGCAACGAUGAUGGAUCGACGGACGACGAUGAUGAGGAUGAUGGUGGCUUGGGAAUGGACCAGCUUAUGAAGAGGAGGCGUCGUCUGUGA